AUGGCUGAUACUAUAGAGCGGCAUACAUUUAAGGUGUUCAACCAGGACUUUACGGUUGAUAAGCGGUUUCAGCUUAUCAAGGAGAUUGGGUGCGGUGCUUACGGUAUAGUAUGUUCGGCGAGGUUUAUGGGGGCGGCUGAGGACACUACGGUAGCAAUUAAAAAGGUGACUAAUGUAUUUACUAAGACGUUACUGUGCAAGAGGUCUCUGCGUGAGCUGAAGCUGCUAAGACACUUCCGAGGUCACAAGAACAUUACAUGCCUAUAUGAUACUGAUAUUGUUAUUCUUCCGGAUGGGACUUUUAACGGGUUGUACCUUUAUGAGGAGUUGAUGGAGUGUGAUAUGCAUCAAAUUAUCAAAUCUGGGCAACCUCUGACGGAUUCACAUUACCAGAGUUUCAUCUAUCAGAUACUGUGUGGUUUGAAGUAUAUACACUCAGCUGAUGUAUUACAUAGGGAUUUGAAGCCCGGUAACCUUUUGGUUAACGCAGACUGCCAGCUCAAAAUAUGCGACUUUGGUUUGGCAAGGGGAUUCAGUGAAAAUCCCGUUGAGAAUAACCAGUUUUUAACGGAAUACGUUGCUACGAGGUGGUACAGAGCGCCAGAGAUCAUGCUAAGCUAUCAAGGGUACACAAAAGCUAUAGACGUUUGGUCGUGUGGGUGCAUCCUUGCAGAAUUACUUGGGGGUAAUCCUAUUUUCAAGGGGAAGGAUUACGUUGACCAGCUGAAUAGGAUAUUGCAAGUUCUUGGUACCCCAGCGGAUGAUACAUUGAGAAGGAUUGGGUCUAAAAACGUCCAGGAUUACAUUCAUCAGUUGGGUGUUAUCCCAACGAUUCCAUUUAGAGAGAUAUUUCCUGAUGCCAAUCCACAGGCGGUGGAUCUGUUGGAACGCAUGUUGGCAUUUGACCCCAAACAGAGAAUUACGGUGGAUAGUGCAUUGGAACAGCCCUACUUAUCCAUCUGGCACGACCCAAAUGACGAACCUGAAUGUAGCGAGAAGUUCCACUUUGGAUUCGAAAGUGUGAAUGACAUGGAACAGCUAAAAUUGAUGAUUGUGGAGGAAGUUAAUGAGUUUCGGAAGUUUGUUAGGCAACCUAUAAUAGAGAAUGAGCAAUGGCCCCAACAAAGACAGGAAGGUGCUUUGUCAGUAGAGGAGGACACGGAUAGUAAUCGACAAUAUGAUGAUUCUGAUUUUGCGCAACAGUUAAUGUCCUCGCAGUCACCGAUAAUAUUGCAAGAAAGAUAUAUAGGAAUCCAUUCUGAUAAUUUACCUGAACAUAAUACUGACUUUCCACCAAGACCUCAGGAAAAUAUGUUAGCAUCUCCUGCAGGAUUGGCAAUGAGUAGCGGUAACGAAGGUAACGCUGACUAUGGCGACUUUCUGGAUCUUGAGAGAGAACUAGAAUUCGGGUUAGAUAGGAAUUUUUGA